CAACGAAAGCGGGCAGUGAAGCACGACCAAUGAAGGGUUAAUUAAAAAGUAAAAUUCGGUCAAUCUGGCCUAGCCUUAAGGUUAAGAUUUAGUCCGAAUGAAUCGUAUCAUGUCAGAUUACUUUUCUUUACAAAUAUGUGUACACAUUUUAUGAAAUAAAUACAAUAUUGAUCGAACAUAAUUUUCAUACGCCAGUAAGAAUUGAUUGAUAAUUGAACUUGAGUAAUUUAUAACUUUUAUAUGGUCUAAGUAACCAGAAUAUUCAACAUAUUAAGAAACACAAUGAUUUACGAAUGGUCAAAAUGUGUUGAACAUGAGAAAAGUCAACAAAAACGAUUUUUAAAAAGCCAAUGGCAUUCUCCUACGCAAUUUAUGAGUAUUUCUUCAUCAGUAAUAAAAAUUCUCUUUAUGAUCAUGAAACAUUUUGGUUUAAAUACUAAUACUAAAUAUCUUGCACUUAAUUUAUAUCAAAAGUUUACAGAAAAUCAAUUCCAAAAAAUUUAUAAAGAAAAUCGACACGAUAAAAGUUUUAAUGAAUGGAAAUUCAUGCGUAACAAAAUAGUAAAUCUUGCAAAAUUAAGAUUAAUGACUUGUAUUCAACUUGCAAGUAAAUUAGACUCAUACUGUACAUGUUUCGGAAUAUCAAAGGUCCUAUCAGCUUUAGAAUUAAUCGAUCAAUUAAAAAACCAACAACAUGAGUAUUCAUUUGAAACUGUUCUUUACUCGGAAUUCGAAGUAUUCAAGAUGAUACACUAUCAAAUUCAAUUUAUAACUCCUUUAGAUUAUAUUGAAAUAUUACUUUCAUUAUUAAAUUUCCAAAACUUAUCAGAACUACGCUCGAUUACUAUUGAUAUUCUUGAUCUAACUUUUCUGCAGCAUCAACAACUACUUUCGCAAUUAAAAUUAAUAAAAUUUAGUUCAAUAACAAAAAAAACAUCUAAAAGACUUCAAUUUCUGAAUUUGGAAAAAGAGCUGCUUUUUCUAAGCUCUACGAUUAUUGUAUGCGCUUUAUCAUUUUUAAAUAUUGAAAAAACUAUAUCUCAUAAUAUAGUUGAGAAGCUAUCGUCAUUAAUUUAUAUCGAUAUCAACGAUAUUUACACUGUGGCAUAUAUUAUUUUUUUGAUAGCUUAUUCUCAUUAA